GGAAGGAUGGGAGGGGUGGGUGGGAUACAACUUUUCAUUUCGAGGGUACUUCAGUCGCAGUCGGGCCACGACCAUGGGACGGAGAACGAAUCAGCAGCAAGAAAAUCGGUAGUCAAGGUCAAGUGUCAGAGAAAGAAACGCAAAAAAUGAUAAAGAACCGAGCACGCGCACGAGCAAGAAACCGACGCAUCGCCAGGAGCCAGGAUAGGUUAUAGCUGACAACGACGACGACGACGAUGAGAGAGAAGAAAAAGAAAGAAGGGUAUUCUGUAUGUAUCGUUACGUACCGCAGUGUACCUGUACGAGCAAAACCGAAGACGAGUCCAUCGGGCGCGAGCGACACGUGAUAGCUCUCGAGGAAGGUGAAAGACGAGACGGAAAGGAACAUGAAAAGACAAGGCGGAAAGGAACAUGAAAAGACAAAAAGAAAAGGAAAAAAAGGGGAUGUAUAUCACAGAUGAUUGAUAAAGAUACCGUACCAGCGCCGCUGCAUGCAUGUACGCGACGGUCAGGGAUCAUAAUCGUAUCGAUUGCUUUGACGAGGGACUCGGACGACGCAGGAAUAAAAGAGUCUUUUAUGUACGCACUGAGGCGAACGGGGGACAAGAAAGUAGACAGUAGCAGUAGCGCAGGAUCGGAGGGGCGGGAGGGCAGGAGGGAGACUCUAAAAGUACACAAGAAAGAGACAGAGACGGCCGGAUUGCAGCAGGAGAGCGAGGGAACGACGAACGACGAGCAGACGAGACCUGAAACACACCAAGCAAAACACGCACACGACCUUAAAUAUAGACAAUCAAAAACGAACCCUGAUCAUCACGCCACGGACGGCCCCGGUCCAUCCAAUGAUCGGAAGCGGAAGCAUCCUCGAUGCGCUCAAGGACUCCUCGUCCUAAUCGACAUCGGCGCCGCUGCAGCGACCUGCCGACUCCUCGACAACGGACUUCCCAUUUCUCCCUCUACGACAGACCCACCACCUCCGCCAUACCUCUCACGGUACUCCCGAUCUCUGUCCCUGCCCUCCCUGACGCUCGGGCUGCGUAACCUCCCGUGUCGGUCCACGCCGCCCGCGGUACUCGUCGCUGGCGCGUCGAGCCACGAGUGGAUCUGUGGGAGGGUGGUGUCGCUUACGGAGCGUCCGCGGCCAGAGGCGGAGGACGAGCCGUUGUUGUCGGACAUGAGGGGAGGGAUGGAGUUAUGCGCGUAUGAGGACGAGGAAGAAAUUGAAGGAAGAUGGUUGGAAGACAUGGGUGGCGAAUGCGCGCUGAGGUGUGGUGAUGUGGAUGCGAGAGAAUGAGUUGGAGGG